UAUAAACUUCCCCCUUAGAACUGCUUUUGCUGCAUCCCACAGGUUUUGGGUCGUUGUGUCUCCAUUGUCAUUUGUUUCUAGGUAUUUUUUGAUUUCCUCUUUGAUUUCUUCAGUGAUCACUUCAUUAUUAAGUAGUGUAUUGUUUAGCCUCCAUGUGUUUGUAUUUUUUACAGAUCUUUUCCUGUAAUUGAUAUCUAGUCUCAUGGCGUUGUGGUCGGAAAAGAUACUUGAUACAAUUUCAAUUUUCUUAAAUUUACCAAGGCUUGAUUUGUGACCCAAGAUAUGAUCUAUCCUGGAGAAUGUUCCAUGAGCACUUGAGAAAAAUGUGUAUUCUGUUGUUUUUGGAUGGAGUGUCCUAUAAAUAUCAAUUAAGUCCAUCUUGUUUAAUGUAUCAUUUAAAGCUUGUGUUUCCUUAUUUAUUUUCAUUUUGGAUGAUCUGUCCAUGGGUGAAAGGGAAAAAUCUUAUAUCACACUUUAAUCUAGAUGUCUGAUCAAUACUAAUGACCUUUUUCAUAUAUUUAUUGGCCAAGUGUUGUGAUUUUUCUGUACAUGUCCUUUGCUCUUUUCUAUUUGAGGUGGUGUGUUUUAUCUUCUUAUAAAUGUAUUAACACUUGGUCAUAUGUUGAAAAUUUUUUCCAACUCAUCACUUGUCCUUUAAUUUUGUUUAUGGCAUUUUUUGACAUGUAAAAGUUUUAAAUGUUCAGUCAUUAAGUAUUUUGAUAAUUUCGUUUUGGUCUCUUUCUUUAGCAUGUUGUUUAAAUAGACUUUCCCAUCUCUUCUUUGAGAGGUUAAAUGGUUUCUUAUAUUUACUUAUUUAUGUUGAGUCUGUUUUUACAAUUCAUUGAAAUGCUCACCCAUUCUUCUAAUAUUGGAACAUUUGAGAUUACAAACUCUUAGAUCCAGAUGUAUAGAGUUUUCUAGUUUCAGAAAAUCUGUUAACUUUAUUUUUACUCCCAUCUACUUCCAAAAAGAAGGAAAAAAAUUAAUUAACAAUAAACCUACACUUGGACAUUUAGUAUGAUGAUAAUUGAUUUAGACUUAUGCAGGGGCAUGUGAGGGAUAUCUCAAAGUCUGUCAGAAAUUUAUAAACUAAGGCCUUCCAUUUGGGUCUCCUGUUAGUAAUAGCAGAAAGGAGGAGGAACAAUCAGUUACAUGUUUCACAUUGUCUGCUUAAAGGAAACAUAUCAGUUUUCUUAAAAGAGAAAUCUUGGCAGUGAAGUCAAAGAUGAAUUUUUUGUGUGGGUAUUUAUGUGAAGAAUGAUGUCUUGAUACCACUUUUAUAGAACAUAGAAUAAUACAAGGCAGUUUAUUUUAUAAACUCUUAAUAAAAGUUAAGGGCAUAAUAUUAAGUUCUAAUUAUGGUAGAGUACUAUGUCUGCAGGCAGUCAAAAUAAUACAAACCACACAUGUGUCUUUCUGGUGAAGUAGUUUGAUAAGGGGUAGAGCUUAGACAAUCUCUGGCUAGAUAUUUCUUAAACUAGCUCUUUCAGCAUAAUAGUUGAGAUUUUUAAAAAUCAGAUUUUGAUUCAUGUAUAUUUGUGAUUUCUAUUUAGAAAUAGCAAUUGUGGAAUGAUUCAUACACAUUAGGUCGACGUGUUUAACUGGAAAGUUUGACAUUUUAUUGUGAGAAUUAGCCUACUAUUUGAGAAGGUGGAGAAUUAUCUCAUAUAAGUGGGUUUCCAGAAUUACCUGCCAUCAGUUAUACAAUUUUUGCUUGCUACACUUCAAACAGUUAUAAUGUGAACAGUUUAAUAGUAAAUCUUACUUCAUUUCAGAUCUGACAGAAUGUCUAAGAAUUUUUUGUUUUUCAUGAGGUACUGCUUCCUUCAUUAUCAAAGAAUAUUGAGAAUUAAGUGUACUUUAAGCUGCUCAAUUCAUCUUUGAAACUAUUUAAACUUACUUUAUCUGUGAAAUAACCCUCAUUUUUAAGCUGUGUGUAAGGGAAGUAAAUAUAUCUUAAACUCUGUAGGAAGGUUUUUUUUAAGGGAAAACAGGAAGGGGAAAGUUUGUGUUGACAGAACAGUAUUGCUUUUAUUAGUUUUCUUUUUUUUUGCAGCUGACACUAAACUUGCAGUGUUUAUAUUGAACAUUAAAUCAGCACCUGACUGAAACAUGACUAGCUAGAGAGUUCAAGACUAUUUAGAUAACUCAGUAUGUUGGACAUUAGGGGAUUAUACUUUGAUCAGACAGUAGUAUGAUUAGGAAUCAGAGUUGUAUCUGAUGUGCUACCGCUAGACCUGAAAUAACUUGAGUCUAUUUGUGGAAUGCUAUGCUUAUAUUUUAAAUUCUAAUAUUUAAAAAAGUCACAGAUCGUUGAGGUUAAUUAAUUCAGUUGCUUGUAGAGGAAGGACUACCUGGGCUUGCCAGAGACAGAGGGUUGCUUAUCCUCUUUAACAUCUCCCAUGAAAGACUCCUCACAACUCUCUUUUGCUUGUUUAUUUACAUUUUUAACUAUUUGAAAUAUUAAUUUUUUUUCUAAGAGUUUCUUUGUUUUUAUCUUCAGAAGGAUUGAAGGGUGACCACUCAGAAUUCUCCUUUUUAGAGAAAGACUCUUUAUAUACAUAAAAACAACCCAUUGGUUAUGUUAUUUUUCCAGGUCUUAUAAUCAAUGGAUAAAGUGGGGAAAAUGUGGAAUAACUUCAAAUACAGGUGUCAGAAUCUCUUCAGUCAUGAGGGAGGAAGCCGUAGUGAAAAUGUGGAUAUGAACUCCAACAGAUGUUUGUCUGUCAAAGACAAAAACAUCAGUAUAGGAGACUCAGCUCCUCAGCAACAAAGCAGUCCCUUAAGAGAAAAUGUUGCCUUACAACCGGGGUUAAGCCCUUCAAAGAAUUCUUCAAGGAGAAACCGAAACUGUGCCACUGAAAUUCCUCAGAUUGUUGAAAUAAGCAUUGAAAAGGAUAAUGACUCAUGUGUCACCCCAGGAACAAGACUUGCAAGAAGAGAUUCCUACUCUCGACAUGCUCCCUGGGGUGGGAAGAAGAAACAUUCCUGUUCUACAAAGACACAGAGUUCACUAGAUACCGAUAAAAAGUUUGGUAGAACUCGAAGUGGACUUCAAAGGAGAGAGAGGCGAUAUGGUGUAAGCUCUGUGCACGACAUGGACAGCGUUUCCAGCAGAGCCGUAGGAAGUCGCUCUCUGAGACAGAGGUUGCAGGAUACUGUGGGCUUGUGUUUUCCCAUGAGAACUUACAACAAGCAGUCAAAGCCCCUCUUUUCUAAUAAAAGAAAAAUACACCUUUCUGAGUUAAUGCUUGAGAAAUGCCCUUUUCCUGCUGGCUCGGAUUUGGCCCAAAAAUGGCAUUUGAUUAAACAGCAUACAGCCCCUGUGAGCCCACAUUCUACAUUUUUUGAUACAUUUGAUCCAUCCUUGGUUUCUACGGAAGAUGAAGAAGAUAGGCUUCGAGAGAGAAGGCGGCUUAGUAUUGAAGAAGGGGUUGACCCCCCUCCCAACGCACAAAUACAUACGUUUGAAGCCACUGCACAGGUUAACCCGUUAUAUAAACUGGGACCAAAGUUAGCUCCUGGAAUGACUGAAAUAAAUGGGGACAAUUCUGCAAUUCCACAAGCUAAUUGUGACUCUGAAGAGGACACAACCACGCUGUGUUUGCAGUCACGGAGGCAGAAGCAACGUCAGGUAUCUGGAGACAGCCAUGCCCACGUUAGCAGACAGGGAGCUUGGAAAGUCCAUACACAGAUUGAUUACAUACACUGCCUCGUGCCGGAUUUGCUUCAGAUCACAGGUAAUCCCUGUUACUGGGGAGUGAUGGACCGUUACGAAGCAGAAGCCCUUCUGGAAGGGAAACCUGAAGGUACAUUUUUGCUCAGGGACUCUGCACAGGAGGACUACCUCUUCUCUGUGAGCUUCCGUCGCUACAACAGAUCCCUGCAUGCCCGAAUUGAACAGUGGAAUCACAACUUUAGUUUUGAUGCUCACGACCCGUGUGUGUUUCACUCCUCCACUGUAACAGGACUUUUGGAACAUUACAAAGACCCCAGUUCUUGCAUGUUUUUUGAACCAUUGCUUACGAUAUCACUAAAUAGGACUUUCCCUUUUAGCCUGCAGUACAUCUGCCGUGCAGUCAUCUGCAGAUGCACUACGUAUGAUGGAAUUGAUGGGCUCCCUUUACCGUCAAUGUUACAGGAUUUUUUAAAAGAGUAUCAUUAUAAACAAAAAGUUAGAGUUCGCUGGCUAGAACGAGAACCAGUCAAGGCAAAGUAAACCCUCCUGUCCCCAAAGGGCAUUAACUAGAUCUGCUUAUAUGUGCAUCGGGCAGUACACCUCUAGCAAGCACACAUAUCAGUGUUAGGUUUUUUUCAGUACAGUAUGUAAGCUUAGUGUUAGUAUUUGUCAGGUGCAAUCUGCUGUUACUUACUCAGAUAAACGUGGUGCCUAUUGAGACAACAGAGGAUACAGCUACAGGUGUUCGGUAAGGCUACAAAAACAUUCUGCCGAUUUAGCUGACAGUUUGGUUUUUAAUGGCUGUAGUUAACUGAGUGAAGCAACUCUGGGGCAUUUGCUAUGAAGAAUUCUAUUUCUUACUGAAGAACAAAUUAUUAAUAUUGGAUGAGUAUUUCAACAGUGUGACUAAUGUUUGAAAUUAUUAUUUUUUCUAAGAAUUUUUCUAUAACCUUCCAAAAGUAGUGAUGUUUGUAGUUACUAUAAAUCAAGCUUUGGAAGUCCAAAAAAUAAAGACUGCCUUCCUUUUAGAAAAAAAUGCAAUUUUCUGGCCACAAGGGCAUAGUGCAGUGCAGUUCACUUAAGUGUUGAAUAGUUUAUAGUCAGUCUCCUUUUCUCUUCUGCAAAAGGUACUGUUAAGUAAACCAGUUUUCUAAGUAGUAGUUCUUAAAAUUUCAGACUUAUGAAAAGUUGGUAGUAGAAUUUUAUUUAGAAUUUUAUUUAAGGCCUUAAGUAUUCAUUUUUUAAUGAGUGCUUUAACAUAACACAUUGGGAAUAGCUGCUGCAAAGUAGGCCUGCGUGUGAUUUUUUUAAGGUGACAUGUGCAGUCAAAUCGCUGAUUCAUUAAAGUUGGAUCUUUUUCUAUGCCCAUGAUGAGUUUGUGAACCAUGAAGAAAAUGAGACUAAACGAUACCCAAACAAGUCAGAUAAUACUACAGUGGUUGCUGAUUGUUGAGAUUAUUGUUAAACUGUAAUUCAUAAUUUAGAUGGCAGUAUUUAUCUCUUUGUUGUAAACUCUCAUAGCUGAAUUGCUUAAGUACAAGUUAUAGAAUUUCAGUGCACUUAAUUUUUAAUGGAAAAAUCUUAAACCUAAAUUGCUGAUUUAAAAGGUACUGUACAACCAUUGUAUCUGUAAAUAACUUUACUUAGCACCUUUUUGUCACUUAGAAUAGUAUGCAAUACUACUUGAGUGAGCUAUUUUGGAAGUAAUACCAAGUUCUAGUGUUUGCUUCUUAGUAUUGGACUGAAUUUACAGUUCCGUCCUGGACACUUUGCACUAAAGUAGUCGAAUCCAUUCUUCUGUCUUUUUGUUAACGUGCUCUGUACCACUGGUGAGUGCUCCUUAGUUUCCUUACCUGCUGCUACAGAAAGUUCUUUUACAUCCCAAUGGCUAUCACCAAGGCCACAAAAAAGAAAAGCUAUAUUUGUAUGCAACACUAACCCUUUGACUGCUAAUGUAUGUUUCUGCUUGCUGUGCCUUGUUACGGCUGCUUUUUUGUGCUAAUAAAGUACGUUUGGUGUUCUCCUUGUAUAUCUGCUGUUUUAUACAUUUGCAACAAUUUCUCUUGUAAAUGGAAUGGUUUGGGGUUUUUAAAUAAGCAUUACCUGACAACCUACUAUAGUUAAUGCAGAAUUACUGAACAGUCUAAUAUUGACUUAUUCCAACUAAGCUAACUCUAAAUUUAAUUCUAUACAUCUUUCCAAUCAUAAUCACAUAUACUGUGGAACAGUAUCUAUAGUUACUGCAAAUUACUGUAUAGUUUAGAUUAUAACAGAAAAUGAACAGAGAAAUACUGGCUAAACCUAUUGAUUUCUCUGCUUAUAAGUGAAAGAUUGAAACUAUCGAUGACAUGUUAUAAUAAAUGAAUAUCUAUAGCCUCCCCCUGCAUCAGAAACAAGUUAAACGAAGUCUUGUAAACUAAUAAUACAUCAGCACCAUUUAUUGGUUUGGGGACCAUUUUAAUUAACAACAAAUGCCCAAAAUGUAGAACUUUAACCAAAGACUUGUCCAUUUUAAAGCAAAAUGGGGAUUGAAGGGACUUACAAUUCCUGUUGUUUCUAAUAGAAGUCCCUGAAGAACAUAUACCAAAGUGUUUGAGAACUUCAUCCAAACCUACUUUAAAGCAUUAUGUGCAAUUAAGUUGUUAUGACAUAAUUACAGUGCAUAAUUGUUGGGUCCGUUUUCUUGAGCUUAUAAUGUACCUGGAAAAUAAACCUCUUGGGGAAAAAAAGUUCAUACUGAUUAUUGGAGAAAGACUAUAUAUGCAAGCAAGAUCUUAUUUUAAAGAGGUAACUUGAAACUCCAAGAAAGCACUUGAUGUUUUGUAUGCUUGUAGCAAAUUGAUGUUUUAAUUGUAGUUUUAUAGAAAGUAUUAAUGCUUUUAUGUAUUUCAGAAAUUUCAUAUGUUAAAUGGAAAUUGUUUUAAAUGUGUAAAUAUUUGAGUUUAUGUAAGCAUGUAUGUUACUGUGCUAAAAGUCACUUAUGUUUCGGUUUGUGUGUAAUAUUAAUAUGCAACUUUUGGUUUAAAAUUUUUUCUUAAACAAUUAGUGGCUUACAUUUUAAAAAAGAAAAAUCACCAGCAUGAAACUGCACCUAAGUCUAUAUUCACUGUGUCUUUUUCUGAAUCCCGUUGUAGCCUGUCAACUAAAUUUGUGUUUUCAUGGUCUUUUUGAAGUGCGUUUUAAUGAGAACUAGGAAAUUCUUUAGAAGUUUAGACAUUUCAUAGUGAAGUAAUUAUAAUUUAACCCGAGGAAAGAUUGCUCUGAUUCAUAUCCACUCUCAUUCUUACGUUCACUUAUUCAUUCAUUCACACUCCCUAUAUACAUAUGCAUAUAUAUACAUAUAUAUAUUUAUGCUGUUAUUAAUUUCAACAUUAAUAUUGCCAUCUGAUUCAAAAUCAUGUAAAGGCCUUAUUCUAUAUAUAUAUAUAUAUAUAUAUAUACACAUAUAUAUAUAUACUAUCCUUGUACCAUUCAUACUUGAUUAUCUGCACCUGAAGUUUAGUCUUACAACUAUAAUCUUGUUUGUAAUACCGUCACCUUAAAAAGAGAAAGCAUUCAUUAGUAUUUUCUUUACUGGCUAAACACAGUAAAAAAAAUUCUGAAGAAACAGCUUGGUUUAAAUAUAGUUACUAAGAGUCAUAAUUAAAUUUAUACUUUUUAGACAAAAAUUGAGCCCAAGUAAUCAUACUCCACAAACUGAUCUGUGUUCCUAUGGUCCAUGAGAAGGUUUAUAUAAGAUUUAUAGUGGCUUGAACUAUAAAAAUUGAUACUUGAAUUCUAAGCUUCAUUUUGACAAAAUUCAAAGUUUAUGAACAUUUUUAUUUGACAUUUUGACCUGGUUGCUAUUCAUUUUCCAUCCUAAGCUUCCUUUGCUCCAUGGCACUAAAUACAAGUUUGGUAAGUUUUAUUGAGAUUGAUGUUAGAUCCCUUAUUUUUGUAGCAAAGAAAGUUCUAAAGUUCCUUUUUGGUAGAGGCAAAGAGUCUAGAGUGAGUCAGAACUCUCCUAGGAAAGAUGCAGAGCCUAUAUCUAUCUCUGGGAGUGUGUUACCACCACAGAUCACACCAGUUCCUUCAUUUAUUCUGUACCGCAACACAUAACAGUUUUACCUAGAUGAAAUUAGGUAAACAUGCACACUAAAGGUGAGAAACGUUUCCAAAGGGGGCUAUGCUGCUUGGUGCAUAAAAACUACAUAUCUAUGAGGCUCAGGUUUUGUUUCAUAUUUUUGCAACAGCCAAUAGAGAACACAGUCUUUUAUAAUGUGGUAUAUUUCUAAGGAGAUUUGGGGUGGGAUUUCUGUGGGAGGUGGUUGGUUGUUGUUUUGGAGGGUGGGGCAUGGAGGGAUUGUCCUUUCAAAGUAGGGAUCAGUUGGAACAACUGUUUCCAUGCCCAGGAAGCGUGAUGGAAUAUAGACUCAUUUCAGCCAUUCAUUCAACAAACAUUCAUUGAAGACCCAUGUGCCAGUCACCAUUUUAGGUGAUGGGUAUAUAUUGGGUAUAUAUUAGGUGAUGGGUAUAUAUUAGGUGGGUAUAUAUUAGGUGAUGGGUAUAUAUUGGGUUACAAGACAAAGUUACAGGGUCACCGGAGAACACUGACCUUGAGUGAUGAGAAGAUGAUCACCAAGAUCAAAGAAAAGAGUAUUUUAAUGAAAGAAACAAAACUAAAGAUCUCAAAGCAGGAGUGAGCUUUUAUACUGAAAGAGAGAAUGCCAGUAAGACAAGUCCAGUGAGUGUGGUGAGGAAUGGUGGGUGAUAAGUUUGUAGAGAUUGGCAAGGGCCUGAUCACUUGGGACUAUGGGCCCAAAGUAAGGAAUCUAAAUUUUAUUCUGAGUCUGAUGGUAAGCAAGGGAGUGACAUGGUCUGCUUUAUAUCCCUUUAAUAGAUGGAGAACAAGCUAUAGUGGGGCAAAAUUAAGGUGACUGUUGCGGUUUCCUAAGUGCAAGAUGGUGACAACCUGGACUGGAGUGGUAGUCAUAGGGAGGCGUUUUUUGGUGGAAAAACCUGACAGGAUUUGGUGAUGGGUUAGAUGUGAAGAAGAAAGAAGAAAUCAAAGAUGAGUCCGAUUUUGAGCAAAGGAUGGUGAUGCUGAGAUUUCAGAACAACAGUGGAGGAGCAAAUUGGAGGGUUGAAAUCAAAUCUUGCCUUGGAUAUGUUGAGAUUUGAGAUUCCUAUUAUCUCAAUGUAGACAGACAUUGGGUAGACAGAUGUAUGAAUGUAGAGUUAAGGGAAAAAAGCAAAAUACGGGGAGUUGCUAUAUGGAUAAUAUUUAAAACUAUAGGACAGGAUGGUAACAGCUAGGGAUUUUGCAGGAGGUUAAGUAUUUCUUCGGGGGAAGUAAUUAUGGCGGCAUUUAUCUUAGUUUGUCGAUUCAAGAUUCUGUAUCAUUGAAAGCCAUCUACUUUCAAUAGAGGACUUGCCAUUCAAAAAGUUUUUAAAUACUGGAAUCAUAAGCCUUGCACUCAGUUUUAAAACUUCAUCCAUGUCAAAUUGGUUGUCAUGUUUUCCAUGUCAAGUUGGCUUGUGUAUCUUUUUUAGUACAAAUUUUUAUAUGAGAAAUGCAAGUUUAUUAUGGAAUACUUAGAAAAUACUGAAGAUUAUAAAGAAGCAGGACCACGGAAAAGUCCAUAUUAUCAUUUUCUCUACCAUCACCAACCCCGACCCUGACCCUCUCAACUCCCAUUUUGUAAUCUUCCAGAGGUAACUGCUAUUAACAUUUAUUAUAUUCCCUUCCACUAUUUUUAAUGCAUUUCUAACAAUUAGAAGAUGAAAGUUUAUGCAAUAUGGAUACAGAUAGAUGACAACAUACCAAGGGAGGAAGAGAGUUAUAGGCCUUGAAUCACUUUUAGAGAGUAUACUCAGAUGUGCUCCAAAUUUACUUUUUACCUGAUUCAGUGUGGACCUAGGUUUCUUGAGACAUUUAAGACAGGUCACUGAAUGGAUAGAGUAACGGACACUGCUAAGGCCCAGUUACUGAAGGUUUCUUGAAAUAAAAUUUCAGUAGAAGAUGAGAACCCUCAUCUCAUAGAACUUUUAAACUAAUGGGGACAGAGGCAAAUAUAUAAAUGUGUAAUGACGAGAAUAUAUGAAAGUAAGCAAAAAGUAACUGAGCAAAAACUGGUUGUGUGCUUGAUAAGGAAAAACACAGAAGUGACCCACGUGGAGGACCGGUGAUUCGGUGCCUUAGAUUUGUUUCAUCACAAGAACGUUUAAGAAAUUGACUUAGUGGAUGGUGGAGCAGUCAGGUGUGGAAGUGCAGUGGUAAGUAACAACUGAUGAGGGCAGGGUGUGGUAGAAGAAUUUGUUGAGUGUAGCAUUUGAGUAUACUAGACUGAAGAGUCUGAAUUUAUCUAGGUUCGUAAGCAAGGUAGAAUGAGAAAUUCUGCCAGCAGCUGUAAAAUGGAUUAUGACCAGGAGAGACUGGAGAAAGGACACCCUGUGAAAUCUGCCUGGGUCAGAUUGAUAGCACUGGAAUUAAGCUGAGGAGCACAUCAGAAAGAAACCACACAAGGGAAAAAAAAAUAGCACCAAAAAUUUGGGGUAAGGAAAACAAGCAGUUUGCUUGCCUAGAAGAUUGUUAGUUAACUGUGUCAUAAUUUCUCCAAAUUCAAGCAAAUUAUAAGAAAGCCAAGCUAGUAUCUCCCAUUUAAUAUGAAUAUGUAUCCUCUAUUUUUAAAUAAAACUAAAUAUGUGUAGUAUAUUUUUGAAAGGCACAUUUUUAAUGCAAAAAAGUAAUAUUUAAAUAAGGAAAACUUCAUCACUCUUAGCUAUACUUACAGAGAGAAAUUAGGAAAACUAUGUCAAAUCUGAACAUCAAAACUUUUUUUCAACCUGACAAAAAUGCUGAGAACAGGUGGCAAAAUAAGAUUUAAGAGGGUGUUACUGAAUUUAACCCCCCAAAUGCUAUUGUGAUUGAUGUAUUUUUUUUCAUUCUUAAUUUGAGUGAGUGAAGCCUGCACUGAGUUUUUACUUAGUAGUCAGUCUUACAUUUAGAAAUGUAUAGUAUUACUGCCUGAUAUUUCUUCCUCGAAGUAUUUACUAAGCAUCCCUCUAUAACUGGAAACCCAAGAUUUUAGGGUAUUUUUUUAAACUUAAUAUAACUUUAUCAUUACACUGAAUGGUAUAAUACUUUCUCAUCUGUUUUAAAAUACAAUUAUGCACUUAAUCCUACUUUUUUUGCUUCUAUUUUUAAGAUGAAUUAUUUUAAAUUCAUAGUGAUUUUUGUAAACAUUUUAAUAUACUUUUAAAAAUUGAACUGGAAUAAUUUAAAGCUUUUGUCAUCUAAUUUUAUAAAUAUUUUUUAGGUAUCCUUGGGUGUAAUACAGGCAGUGUGGAAUUUUAAUGACAUUAUAGGAAUAGAGAAAAAUUUUGGUAUACAGUAGUAGUUACAAUACUGUGAAUGAUAAAAUCUGUAAAUUAUAUUUUUAAAAUACUGUCUUUUAGCAAUUUUUAUCUAAAUAAUAACAGGAUUAGAAAACUAAAAUUAAUUUCUAAAAUUUGGCUAUGCUAAGUUUCUCAUCUUUCAAGUAGAUAAUCUUAGAGGCAGUAUAGUUUAUUGGUGAAGUGAACAAAAAAUAAACGUUAAGGGCCUACAUUUGAUCUAUGAAUUCUGCCAGAGGCCGAGUGAUGUACCUAAAAUAAUCCUAGAGAGAAAGCUGCCAGAAUAGCUUCCUGGCCCAGCAAACCAACCAUAUAUAACCUGAUGCAGCAGGCGGAUUAUUAUGUAAUACAUAAGAUUUACCUGAGCUGCUGUGUUCUAAUCCUCUAUUUGUCUUUGAUACGUGACUUAGAGGUGUUAAGUACUUGUCCAAGGUCACAGGAAGAGUGAAUGUUGGAGCUAGGUUUUAAACACGGGUUGAGGCCAGAACCUAAGCUCUUGUCAAUGAUACUUUAAUUUUUGGAUCCUAGUUUUGUUAGCCAAGUUCAUAUCUCUUCCAAUGCUGUCCCUUACUUUCACCUCAAGGGGACAACAGAUUUUCAACAACUGAUACAAAUAGAUUCUAAACCGUUGAUAAAAGUGUUGAAACAACAGGCCUCUAGAGUUUCCUUAAUUCAUAUUCUCCAGUUCAUUAUCUAGGGAGUCACCCACAUAUUUCUCCAACUUUUUCUAGCACUGCUUUUCCCCUUGCUCACUUCUCUGCUGUCAUGCUGGCCUUCAUAUGAUGGCUCCAGCACUCCAGUAUCGUUCCCACCUCAGAGCUUUUGCACCUAUUGCUCCCUCCUGAAAUUCUCAACCUUUCCUCUCUUCCACAUAGCAAGAUAGGUUCUUUUCAUUCUUUAUCUCUUAAGCUUAAAUGUCACCUCCUCAGAGAGACCUGAUUAUGCCAUUUAUAGGAGAUCUCCCCCAUAUUAUUCUCUGUCUCUGCCCUGCUUUUGUUUUCUUCAUAGAUUUUAUUACAAAAAACUUGCAAAUAUGUUAUUCAUUUGGGUUUGGGUUUUGACGUUACCUCUUGAGAAACUCAGAAAAGAGACCACCUCUACCUUGUUUGCUAUUUUAUCCUCAAUGCCUAGCAGAGUACUAACCCAGGGUAGAUUAUUAAUAUUUGUUAAGUGAGUGAAUGAAUUAAUCAUCCUCUUGUAUAUAUUUAUCCACUUUACUGACAAAUAUAUCAUGAAAACCUUAUUGCAUGUCCUCCUAAAAUCUAGAUUUCUAAGAGGGAAGUUUAUAGUGAUACAAAGCUUACCUCAGGAAACAAGAGAAAUCUCAAACAAGAGAAAUCCCAUAGCCACCUCUAAACACACCCUUUGACAUGGCCCUGCCUACCAGAGGGACAAGACCCAGCUCCACCCAGCAGUGGGCAGGUGCCAGUUGCUCCCACCAGGAAGCCUGCACAAGCCCCUGGACCAACCUCACCUACCAGGGGGACAGACAGCAGAAAUGAGAGGAGCUACAAUCCAGCAGCCUGAGGAAUGGAGGCCACAAACACAGAAAGUUAGACAAAAUGAGACGGCAGAGAAAUAUGUUCCAGAUGAAGGAACAAGAUGAAACUCCAGAAGAAUAACUAAGUGAAGUGGAGACAGGCAAUUUUCCUGAAAAAGAAUUCAGAGUAAUGAUAGUAAAGAUGAUCCAAGAUCUUGGAAAAAGAAUGGAGGCACAAACCAAGACGAUACAUGACAUGUUUAACAAAGAGCUAGAAGAUUUAAAGAACAACAGAGAUGAACAAUACAAUUGAAAUAAAAAAUGCACUAGAAGGAAUCAAUAGCAGGAUAAAUGGGGCAGAAGAAUGAAUAAGUGAGCUGGAAGACAGACUGGUGGAAAUCACUGCUGCAGAAUAGAAUAAAGAAAAAAGAAUGAAAAGACAUGAGGACAGGGACUUCCCUCAUGGCUCAGUGGUUAAGAAUCUGCCUGCCAUUGCAGGGGACACGGGUUCUAUCCCUGGUCUGGGAAGGUCCCACAUGCUGUGGAGCAACUAAGCCGGUGCACCACAGCUCCUGAUCCUGCACUCUAGAGCCCACGAGCCACAACUACUGAGCCCACAUGCUGCAACUACUGAAGCCUGCAUGCCUAGAGCCCUUGCUCUGCAACGAGAAGCCACUGCAAUGAGAAGCCAGCGCACUGCAAUGUAGAGUAGCCGCUUCUCACUGCAACUAGAGAAAGCCUGCACGCAGCAAUGAAGACCCAAUGCAGCCAAAAAUAAAUAAAUUAAAUUUUAAAAAAAAAGAAAUGAAGACAGCCUCACAGACCUCUUAGACAACAUUAAAUGCACCAACAUUUGCAUUCUAGGGGUCCCAGAAGGAGAUGAGAGAAAGGGCCUGAGAAGAUAUUUGAAGAGAUAAUAGCUGAAAACUUCCCUAACAUGAGAAAGGAAACACUCAAGUCCAGGAAGCACAGAGAGUCCCAUACAGGAUGAACCCAAGGAGGGACAUGGUGAGACACAUAUUAAUCAAAUUGACAAAAAUUAAAGACAAAGAAUAUUAAAGGCAACAAUAGAAAAGCAACAAAUAACAUACAAGGGAAUCCCCAUAAGGUUAUCAGCUGAUUUUUCAGCUCAAAUUCUGCAGGCCAGAAGGGAGUGGCACGAUAUAUUUAAAGGGUGAAAGGGAAAAACCUACAACCAAGAAUACUCUUCCCAGCAAGGCUCUCGUUCAGAUUCAAUGGAGAAAUCAAAAGCUUUACAGACAAGCAAAAGCUAAGAGAAUUCAGCACCACCAAACCAGCUAUACAACAAAUGCUAAAGGAACUUCUCUAGAUGGAAAAGAAAAGGCCACAACUAGAAACAAGAAAAUUAUGAAUGGGAAAGCUCAUUGGUAAAUGACACAAAAGACAAAAAGGCACAGGAGACAAAACACCUGUACUCUGAAAACUAUAGGAUGCUGAAGAAAGAAAUCAAAGAUAACGCAGAUAGAAAAAUAUACCAUGUUCUUGGAUUGGAAGAAUCAAUAUUGUCAAAAUGACUAUACUACCCAAGGCAAUCUACAGAUUCAAUGCAAUCCCUAACAAAUUAAUAAUGGCAUUUUUCACAGAACCAGAACAAAAAUUUUCUAAAUUUAUAUGAAACACAAAAGACCCUGAAUAGCCAAAGCAAUGCUAAGAAAGAAAACCAGAGCUGGAGGAAUCAGGCUCCCUGACUUCAGACUACACUACAAAGCUACAGUAAUCAAAGCAGUAUGGUACUGGCACAAAAACAGAAAUAUAGAUCAAUGGAACAGGGUAGAAAGCCCAGAAAUAAACUCAUGUGCCUAUGGUCAAUUAUUCUAUGACAAAGGAGACAAGAAUAUACAAUGGAGAAAAGUCUCUUCUAUAAGUGCUGCUGGGAACACUGGACAGCUACAUGUAAAAGAACGAAAUUAGAACAUUCUCUAACACCAUACAUAAAAAUAAACUCAAAAUAGGUUAAAGACCUAAAUAUAAGAUGAGAUACUAUAAAACUCUUAGAGGAAAACAUAGGCAGAACACUCUGUGACAUAAAUCACAGCAAUAUCUUUUUGGAUCCACCUCCUAGAGUAAUGAAAAUAAAAACAAAAAUAAACAAAUGGAAUCUAAUUAAACUUAAAAGCUUUUGCACAGCAAAGGGAAGCAUAAACAAAGCAAAACGACAACCCACAGAAUGGGAGAACAUAUAUGCAAAUGAUGAGACUGACAAGACAUUAAUCUCCAAAAUAUACAAAUAGCUCAUGCAGCUCAAUAUCAAAAAACAAACAACCCAAUCAAAAAAUGGGCAGAAUAUCUAAAUAGACAUUUCUCCAAAGAAGACAUACAGAUGGCCAAAAAGUGCAUUAAAAGAUGUUCAACAUCACUAAUUAUUAGAGAAAUGCAAACCAAAACUACAAUGAGGUAUCACCUUACACCAGUCAGAAUGACCAUCGUCAAAAAGUCUACAAACAAUAAAUGCUGGAGAGGGUGUGGGGAAAAGGGAACCCUCUUGCACUGUUGGUGGGAAUGUAAAUUGGUACAACCACUAUGGAGGACAGUAUGGGUGUUCCUUAAAAAACUAAAAACAGAACUACCACAUUAUCCAGCAAUCCCACUCCUGGGCAUAUAUCAAGAGGAAACCAUACUUUGAAAAGAUACAUGCACCCCAAUGUUCAUUACAGCACUACUUACAAUAGCCAAAACAUAGAAGCAACCUAAAUGUCCAUCAACAGAAGAAUGGAUGAAUAAGAUGUGGUACCUUUAUACAAUGGAAUAUUACUCAGCCAUAAAAAAAGAAUGAAAUAAUGCCAUUUGCAGCAACAUGGAUGGACCUAGAAAUUAUCAUACUAAGUGAAGUAAGAUAGACAAAGACAAAUAUUAUAUGAUAUCACUUAUAAGUGGAAUCUUAAAAAAAGGAUACACAUGAACUUAUUUAAAAAACAGAAACAGACUCACAGACUUAGAAAACAAACAUGCUUAUCAAAGGAGAAAGGUGGGAGUGAGGGAUAAAUCAGGAGUUUGGGAUUAACAUAUACACAUUACUAUAUAUAAAAUAAUCAACAAGGACCUUCUUUAUAGCACAAGGAGCUCUACUCAAUAUUCUGUAAUAACCUAUAUGGGGAAAAAACACCUGAAAAAGAAUGGAUAUAUGCAUAUGUAUAUAACUGAGUCACUUUGCUGUAUAUCUGAAAUUAACACUAUAUUGUAAAUCAACUAUACUCCAAAAUAAAAUAAAAACUGAAUUUAAAAAACAGCGUUAAAAAGAAGCAUGUAAAAAAAACAACCAUACGAUUAUCUCAAUAGAUGCAGAAAAAAGCUUUUGAUAAAAUUCAACAUCCAUUUAUGAUAAAAACUCUCCAGAAAGUGGGCAUAGAGGGAACAUACCUCAACAUAAUAAAGGCCACAAACCCACAGCUAACAUCAUACUCAAUGAUAGAAAAACUGAAAGUAUUCCCUUUAAGAUCAGCAACAAGACAAGGAUACCCACUCUCACCACUUUUAUUCAACAGAGUUUUGGAAGUCCUAGCCACAGCAAUCAGAAAAGAAAAAGAAAUAAAAGAAAUCCAAAUUGGAAAGGAAGAAGUAAAACUGUCAUUGUUUGCAGAUGACAUGAUACUAUACAUAGAAAAUCCUAAAGAUGCUACCAGAAAACUACUGGAGCUCAUUAAUGAAUUCGGUAAAGUUGCAGGAUACAAAAUUAAUACACAGAAAUCUCUUGCAUUUCUAUACACUAACAACAAAAGAUCAGAAAGUGAAAUUAAGGAAACAAGCCCAUUUACCACCACAUCAAAAAGGAUAAAAUACCUAGGAAUAAACUUACCUAAGGAGGCAAAAGACCAUACUCUGAAAACUUUAAGAUGCUGAUGAAAGAAAUUGAAGAUGACACAAACAGUUGGAAAGAUAUACUGUGUUCUUGGGUUGGAACAAUAAUAUUGUUAAAAUGACCAUACUGUCCAAGGCAAUCUACAGAUUCAAUGCAAUCCCUAUCAAAUUAACAAUGGUAUUUUUCACAGAACCAGAACGAAAAAUUUCUAAAUUUGUAUGGAAACACAAAAGACGCCGAAUAGACAAAACCAUCUUGAGAAAGAAAAAUGGAGAUGGAAGAAUCACACUCCCUGACUUCAGACUAUACUACAAAGCUACAGUAAUCAAAACAGUAUGGUACUGGCACAAAAACAGACACAUAGAUCAGUGGAUCAGGAUGGAAAGCCCAGAAAUAAACCUACACACUUAUGGUUAAUUAAUCUAUGACAAAGGGAGCAAGAAUAUACAAUGGAGAAAAGACAGUCUCUUGUAUAAGUGGUACUGGGAAAACAGAACAGCUACAUGUAAAAGAAUGAAAUUUAAACAUUCUCUAAUACUAUAUACAAAAACUAAACUCAAAAUGUAUUAAAGACCUAAAUGUAAGCCCAGAUGCUAUAAAACUCCUAGAGGAAAACAUAGGCAGAACACUCUUUGACAUAAAUCACAGCAAUAUUUUUUUGAAUCUGUCUCCUAGAGUAAUGGAAACAAAAGCAAAAAUAAACGAAUGGGAUCUUAUUAAACUUAAAAGCUUUUGCACAACAAAGAGAACCAUGAACAAAAUGAAAAGACAACCUACAGAAUGGGAAAAAAUAUUUGCAAACGAUGCGACCGAGAUUAAUUUCCAAAAUAUGCAAACAGCUCAUAUAGCUCAAUGUCAAAAAAAUAUAUAACUCAAUCAAAAAAUGGAAGAAGACCAGAAGAGACAUUUUUCCAAAGAAGAUAUACAGAUGGCCAAUAGGCACAUGAAAAGAUGCUCAUCACUGUUAAUUAUUAGAGAAAUGCAAAUCAAAACUACAAUGAGGUAUCACCUCACAUCGGUCAGAAUGGGUAUCAUCAAAAAGUCUAUAAAUAACAAACGCUGGAGAGGGUGUAGAGAAAAGGGAACACUCUUGCACUGUUGGUGGGAAUGUAAAUGGGUGCAGCCACUAUGGAGAACAGUAUGGAGGUUCCUUAAAAAACUAAAAAUAGAGUUACCAUAUGAUCCAGCCUGGGCGUAUAUCUGGAAAAGAAGAAAAAUCUAACUUGAAUAGAUAAAUGUAUCCCAUUGUUCAUAGCAGCACUAUUUACAAUAGCCAAGAGAUGGAAGCAACCUAAAUGUCCAUCAACAGAUGACUGGAUAAAGAAUAUGUGAGAUAUAUAUAUAUAUAUAUAUAUAUAUAUAUAUAUAUAUAUGUAAUGGAAUAUUACUUAGGCUUAAAAACAAUGAAAUAAUGCCAUUUGGAGCAACAUGGAUGGACCUAGAGAUGAUCAUACUAAGUAAAGUAAGUCAGACAGAGAAAGACAAAUAUCAUAUGAUACCACUUAUAUGUGGAAUUUUUAAAAAAUGAUACAAAUGAACCUACUUACAAAACAGAAAUAGAAUCACAGACAUAGAGAACAGACUUGUGGUUACCAAAGGGGAAAGUGAGGGUAAGGAUAAAUUAGGAAUUUGGGAUUAACAGAUACACACUACUAACACUACUACGUAUUAAACAGAUAGAAAACAAAGACCUAUGGUAUAGCAUAGGGAACUAUAUUCAAUAUCUUGUAACAACCUAUAAUGGAAAAGAAUCUGAAAAAGAAUAGAUAUAGAUACAGAUGUAUAACUGAAUCACUUUGCUGUACACCAGAAACAUUGUAAAUCAACUAUACUUCAAUUAAAAAAUACAAAAGAAAAAAUAGAGAGAGAGAGACAA